AUGGAACAAGUCAACCGCAACAUGGCGGCACCAAAUGAUUCCGACGCGUCGCUGGCGGCCGAGUUGAAGCAGACGUCCGCCCAGUCGCCUUCGACACCCACCGCGGCAGCAUUGGCUAAGCAGCCUCCGCCCGAGACGAAAGAGAGCUUAUGGCUGCGCCGCCUGUCCAUCCUCUCCUUUUGGGUGGUCGUGGUGUUCCUGGGCCUACCAAUAUGGCUGAAGACAACAGCCAUCUACAGGGCAGAGCUGCCACUGCAGGACAUGACGGACUGGGCUGAGGGCAAGGUCUGUAAGCCAGUCUUCCCUCUGCGCAUCGCUGUAGAGGCCCCGAUCCCUUCCACGGAUGCGCAACAUCUCCUCCGUACGACGCAACAUGCCCUCGACGAUAUCAACGACUUCUCUGCCCACCACCUCCGACUGAUGCUCGCCGAUUCUCCCUUGCAGCAAAACGCCUCGCAACAAGUCAUUGUCGAUGGAAUCAGCAUCCAGAGCGAUGACAAGGACGUGGCCCUGGUCAUCCGACUGAUACCUGUCGAGACAGGCACAACGCCACGGUCGCAGCUGCAGCCAUAUUCGCCAACGCUAGACGUAUACUACUCGCCCAACCAGAUUCCAUCGCAGUCGUCGACUGGCUCGAGUCUCGCUACAUUCCUCGCUCAGGAACUACACAACAUAUUUGGUGAAGAGCAGGCGCAGUUGGCGCACGUGUUGUCGGCUACUUCUGGUGCACAUGCUGCCAAAGUUAAGGCGCUUUCUCCAGAAACGUCCGCAGAGCUUCAGCGCCAGUCCACGCGCGCCCUGAAGUAUGCUCCAACAUACCACCUGACGUUCUCCUUAUUCAGUCCCUCCUACGCACCUUCCCAGUGGGACAUCGAGACUGCUCUCCAGACGUACAUGAGCCCUCUUCUUGACGCCUUCUCAGCCAUCAGCAACUUCACCGUCGAUACGCAAGUACAGCUCUACGCAACAUUCGCUCCGUCUGUUCGCCAGCCGGAGUACGAUGAAGCUACAAAGGCAUGGACUCUCCGCAAGGAAGACCUUAGUGGGUUCGUGAACGCGGCUGAGUGGCCCCUCAGUCCCAGCAUUGGCGAGGGGCCGACCGUCAACUUCAUUCUGUAUGUACCGGAUCACACGCAGUCUCCGCUUCUGGUCAAGGAGAAUGCAGGGAACAGCUGGUUAAUUCCGCAAUGGGGUGGUGUACACAUACUGAACUUGGAGGGCGAGGCAGACACGCCGGCUGCUUUGACUGCUGAAAUGCUCGCACCAGCGAUGCACACAUUCUCGAAUCAGCUCAUCUCGUUGUUCGGUCUGCCGCAGAGUCCGGCAUCUUUGCCACUUCGCAUCUCGACUCUUGAACGCGUCCGAGCUGCAUCCCUUAUCUUCUCAGCAUCUUCCACGUUGGGAGCCUUAGCUCAAGUGUACCAGAAGCUUCCUUCUAUCCCAGUACCCGAUAACGUUGCCCAGUCUACGCAAGAGACGAUUGCACAUUUACAGCAAGCCUGCGACUUCCUUCGAGAUGGCCGCUUCGCAAGCGCUCUGGAACACGCCCGUGCUGCAGAGGUGGAGGCCGAAAAAGCUUUCUUCGAGCGCUCCAUGGUCGGACAGGUCUACUUCCCUGACGAACACAAGGUGGCUGUGUACCUACCCCUACUAGGGCCAGUUGCCGUCCCACUGAUCAUGGCUGCUUUGAAGGAGCUGAAAGCAGUGCUAAAGCGAGGCUGA